UUACAAGAGGAUUGCCUAACCAAGCAGAGAUGCAGAGCACUUCUAAUCAUCUGUGGCUUUUAUCUGAUAUUUUAGGCCAAGGAGCUACAGCAAAUGUCUUUCGUGGGAGACAUAAGAAAACUGGUGAUUUAUUUGCUAUCAAAGUAUUUAAUAAUAUAAGCUUCCUUCGACCAGUAGAUGUGCAAAUGAGAGAAUUUGAAGUACUAAAAAAACUGAAUCACAAAAAUAUUGUCAAAUUAUUUGCCAUUGAGGAGGAGACAACCUCAAGACAUAAAGUACUUAUUAUGGAAUUUUGUCCAUGUGGGAGUCUAUAUACUGUCUUAGAAGAGCCAUCUAAUGCCUAUGGACUGCCAGAGUCUGAAUUUUUAAUUGUUUUACGAGAUGUGGUGGGUGGAAUGAAUCAUCUCCGAGAGAAUGGCAUAGUCCACCGAGAUAUCAAGCCGGGAAAUAUCAUGCGAGUUAUUGGGGAAGAUGGGCAGUCAGUGUACAAACUCACAGACUUCGGUGCAGCUAGAGAAUUAGAAGAUGAUGAGCAGUUUGUUUCUCUCUACGGCACAGAAGAAUAUUUGCACCCUGACAUGUAUGAAAGAGCAGUGCUAAGAAAAGAUCACCAGAAGAAAUAUGGAGCAACAGUUGAUCUUUGGAGCAUUGGUGUAACAUUUUACCACGCAGCCACGGGAUCACUGCCAUUCAGACCAUUUGAAGGGCCUCGGAGGAAUAAGGAAGUGAUGUACAGAAUAAUUACUGGAAAGCCUUCUGGUGCAAUAUCUGGAGUACAGAAAGCAGAAAAUGGACCAAUUGACUGGAGUGGAGACAUGCCUGACUCAUGCAGCCUUUCUAGCAGUGGAGUGCUGGCAGAUACAUGGGCCCAUCAAGAAGGCACUCAUCCCAAAGACAGAAAUGUAGAAAAGCUACAAGUCCUAUUAAAUUGCAUCACAGAGAUUUACUAUCAGUUCAAAAAAGACAAAGCAGAACGGAGACUAGCUUAUAAUGAAGAACAAAUUCACAAAUUUGAUAAGCAAAAACUGUAUUACCAUGCAACAAAAGCUAUGACCCACUUUACAGAGGAAUGUGUUAAAAAGUAUGAAGCCUUUUUUGAUAAGUCAGGAGAAUGGAUGAGAAAGAUGCUUCAUCUCAGGAAACAGUUGUUGUCCCUAACUAAUCAGUGUUUUGAUAUUGAAGAAGAAGUAUCAAAGUACCAAGACUACACUAAUGAGGUGCUUAUUUGUUUAUUUUAUGUGUAUAGUAUGAAGAAAUUAAAGGAAGAGAUGGAAGGUGUGGUUAAAGAACUUGCUGAAAAUAAUCAUAUAUUAGAGAGGUUUGGUUCUUUGACAAUGGAUGGUGGCCUUCGCAAUGUGGACUGCCUUUAGCGGUCUCAGAAGUUUGAAGGGCGUUUCCGUUUGCACACGAAAAGAAUGCUGGGGCUUUAAAUGAAUGCCUCUGUGAAUGGUCUCUUGUUUUGACAAUUCAGUAUUUGGAAAUGUAAAUAUGUACAUUAUUGUAAAUAUAUUUAAAAAAUACUAAUUUUUGGCUGCUGUUAAAAUGUAAUUUUACCUUUGAACAUUUAUAAUUACAUGAGGGAACUUGACCUCAGUGAGCACUAGAAGAAAGCCAUGACCAGUAUGUGGAGAUACUGACCCUCUACUCUUCGAUAGAGGUCUGACUAGGGCUAACUAAGUCAUACUGCUCUUGACUGCCUACUGGGAACGUUUUUAAGUGGAGCCAAAUGGCGUCUGUACAGAUCAGCGGUGUGUGUGGUUGACAUUUGUAACUGGAGUGUGGAGGAGUGACGUCUGUGAGGGGGGAGCAGAACCAGCCACUGUUUUACUCGGAUCACGAUUAUUUUGAGAAGGACAAAAGGGCAUUAUGUCAUUUCAUAGGGUGUCCAUGUCGCCAGUUGUCCUUGUAUCUCUUUAAUUUCAGGUGAUGAAUUAUUGAGGGGAAAAAAAUUUUUUUUGAACAAAACAUUUUUAAGUGAUUUAAUUAUAGAAACUAUCUUUCUUUGGGCUAUAAAAGUAUAUACCAUAGCAAUUUUUAUGUUUUAAGGUAUAAGUUUUUUCCUUUAAUUCUGCUUACCACUUCAUGAAAAAAUAUCAAUAAAUUUAUUGAUUGUAAUAUAAAGAGUUUGUGUGUAUCUGUACAGUUGAAGAAACAAGUUACUUUUGAGAGAAAUGAUGGUGGUGGUAAAUUAUUCUUAGAAUAUUGACUGUUGGGGCAAUUGUCUCAUAAAUCUGCAAACUUAGAAUUAUUCUAUAUAUUUAUGCCAUAAAAAUUAAAGGAUACGUUCUCUUUGAAAGA